AGUCAGCAUCCGUAUUUAAAGGCGCCAACAGUGCUCGGUUCAGAAUCAGUCGUGUGUGGGUCUGUUGUUUUCUCCUGGGCUGCUUUGUGUAGGUUAAGUUGUUGGUAAGGCGGACGCUGAAGAUGCCGGAGGAAAACACUGUCGCCGCUUCUUCGACCAGUGAGGCUGUGGAAGAGAAGCCUUGCUCAUCCAGUGCUGCAGAGAGCUCUGGUGAUGUGGCUGAAGAGGCGAAGAAGCUGAUUGGCACUGGAAACAGGCACCUGGUCAUGGGAGAUGUUGUGUCUGCAGUCACAGUGUUUCAGGAGGCUUGUGCUAUGCUAGCUGAAAAAUAUGGGGACACAGCUGACGAAUGUGGAGAGGCGUUCUUCCUGUGUGGGAAGUCCUUGCUAGAACUUGCCAGGAUGGAGAACUCUGUCUUGGGUAAUGCUUUGGAGGGAGUCCCGGAGGAAUCCUCAGAGGAGGGUGAGAAGCAGAAUGACUCGAAGAUUGAGAGUGCAGAUAACUUGGAUGAUGCUGAGAAUGAUAAUGAAGAUGAUGACGAUGAUGAGGAAGCGGAUGCCAAUGCAGAGGACAAGGAGGGUGAGGAGGAGGAGGAUGUUGGCAAUCUCCAGUUAGCAUGGGAGAUGUUGGAAGUGGCUAAAGUGAUUUACAAAAGGAAGGAAAGCAAAGAGGACCAGCUAAUGGCAGCACAAAUCUUCUUGAAACUUGGUGAAGUUGGUGCAGAAUCAGGUAACUACAUCCAGGCUCUAGAGGACUUCCAGGAGUGCUUAUCCAUACAGCUGAAGCAUCUUCCUCCUCACAGUCGUCUCCUAGCAGAGACUCACUACCAGCUGGGCAUGACUUUUAGCUACACAGGCCAAUACAGCAAGGCCAUCCACCAGUUCAACAAUUCCAUCAAAGUCAUCGAGAGCCGCCUGGCCAUGCUUCAGGAAGUAAUUGACAAAACAGAAGGUGCUGAAGGAGCAGCAGAGGAAAAGCGUGAACUAGCAGAGCUAAAGCAGCUGCUGCCAGAAAUUGCUGAGAAGGUGGAAGAUGCAAAGGAAAGCCAGCAGACAGCUCCUUCAGCAUCAGAAGCAAUUCACCAGACCCUGGGAGGGGCCUCUACAUCAUCAGGAUUUGCAGCUGAAAACAGUGGUUCAUCUUCAUCUACAGCCACCCUGAUAGCAGUUAAGCCUGCUGCUGACAGUGCGUCCUCUUCAAAAUCUGCAUCGGAUAUCUCUCAUCUAGUCCGUAAAAAGAGGAAACCAGAAGACGAGAGCCCAAAAAAGGACAGUGAUGCUAAAAAGGUCAAACAGGAGACCACAGUUAAUGGCAGCGCCGACUCUGCCAGCAACAGCAAUGGAGUCCAGGAGAAAAUGGAACAGGAGGCUGUGAAUUCAUCUACCUCAGCUGAAGCCACGGCAUGAUGGAGCUUUCUACCGAGCUGCCCACUGAUCUUCCAACCAGCACAGCAUGCCUGCCUCAAGUCUCUUCAUGAACAGCAUUUUGUUUUGUAAAUAGGACAUCUACCUUUCUGUGUCUGUCCAAGAUUUUGUAUUGUAAAGUUUCAAUAAAUAUUUGCAUACA